AUUUGGAGAGGAGAAGAAUCUAAUAGAAUUCUUUGGGAUCAACCUAUACCUCACUUAAAUGAUAAUAAUGAUAACUCUAAUCAUGAUACCAAUAUAUCAAAUCCCAUUGGAAAUAUAUUUCAUAUAGAGUCCCAGGUUUUAGAUGGGGAUAGUGCUUAUCCCAUGUCUCAAAGAGACGUCCCUAUGGGCAUGCAAAGUGAUAAU